GUCAGCGCCCGAUAUACGUCAUACAGGAAGAGCGUUCAUUGUUUUGGCGUUUCCUGAUCUACAUCUUUGGAGUGUUGCCGAUUAAAACAACAAACAUCUGACAGUCGACAUAUUUCUGGUAUCUUCUCGCCAUGACUCACUGGUUCCAUCGAAACCCUUUGAAAGCCACAGCGCCCGUGUCCUUCAACCUGUACGGCGUGGCAUCCAGCCCCGCUGCCAAUAAGAUCUGCAAUGACUUGAGAACGACACGGGCCCGACUGCUGGACAUGUUCACAGAUGCCACAUGUUCCCCAGAGAUCAUGAAGAAAUCCAGUGAUGAAUAUUUUGCUCUUUUACAAGGAUUAAUUUUGCCGCUGGAUGGAACCACACAAGAGAACAAGCUCCGCUUCAUCCAGAACUUCAAAUGGACUGACACUUUACAGGGAAAUAUCGCAAGUGCCCAGCAGGAUGCUGUUUUUGAGCUGGUGUCUAUGGCGUUUAAUGUCGCCCUCUGGUACACCAAGUUUGCCUCACGAUUGGCCGGAAAGGAGAACAUCACAGAGGACGAAGCCAAAGACGUUCACAAGAGUUUGAAAAUUGCUGCUGGAAUAUUUAAAACCCUCAAGGAGACUCAUAUUCCUCGGCUCAUCACUCCAGCAGAGAAGGGUCGAGACCUGGAGCCGCGAGUCAUUGACACCUACAUUGUGCAGAGUCAGGCAGAGGCUCAGGAGGUCACCAUCGCCAGAGCCAUCGAGCUGAAGCACAACGCCUCCCUCAUCGCAGCGCUGUCAUUCGAGACGGCAAACUUCUACCAAAAGGCUGAUCACACUCUGAACACUUUGGAUCCAGAAUGCAGCAGUAAAUGGAAGAAAUACCUGCAGCUGAAGCAGCACUUCUACAUGGCUUAUGCCCACUGCUAUCAUGGACAGACUCUUCUCGCAGGGGAUAAAUGUGGAGAGGCCAUACGAUCCCUGCAGGAGGCCGAGAAAUUUUACUCCCGCGCUGAAGCCUUGUGUAAAGAGUACCGUCAGAUGAAGGGUCCCGGCAGCACGGCCAAACCCUCCGAACAGCUCUUCUUUAAGAAACUGGGCACGUUCAUCAAAAACACCCUGGAGAAAUGCCAGAGAGAGAACGGCUUCAUUUACUUUCAUAAGGUUCCUGCUGAAGCUCCAGCGUUGGAACUGAAGGCCAGUUACGGUUUGGCUGAACCGACUGCAUUCGAGCUGCCGCCUCUCAACGCUCAGUGCACGCCUGAAGUCUACGCGACCUUUGACCUGACCAAAGGACCCAAAGAAGACAAGGCGAAAGCGAAGCACGAUGAGGAGAUAAAGCCGGUGAAGGAGCCGGAUCUGAAGCCGCAGAAGGACACGGGCUGCGUCAUCUCUUAAACUCCCGCUGAAGCAUCGACAGACAGGUGAAGCAUGUGACGUCCUGGAGAUCUGGAGGAGUCUGUAAUCUUCUCUUGUGUAAUUCUCUCCCCUGCUCAGAUAUAUCCCAAUAUAACAUAGUGAUAUAACAGUGGCGUCUGUCUCGUGAUAAGAUUCUGUUUAAGGUGUUUCGUCUACAAACGACACAUGUUCUAAUGAAGGAUUGCGUGACUAAUCUGACGAACAGUUAAUCCUAAUAACCCAGUUUGAAACUGAAUUAUACGACCAUUUGAUUUGUACUUGAUUAUCUCUCUGUAGCAGAAUAUAGGUGAUUUUAGUCAGAAGAUGAUUUUAAGGUUUAUCGGGUCCAUUGAUUAGAGAAUAACUUCACUAAAUUCAUAAAACUAAAUAUAUAUUAUUCUUCAUAGUGAUACUGGAAAAUGAUCCAUUGUUCAAUGCAAAUGCAAAAACAGUCUCAGAAAGAAACAUCAGAUUUCACCUCAACAUUAAAAAAAAAAAAAAGAAAAUAUGUCUUGCAUAAAGAAAAUGAAUAUUUAUUGCAUUAUAACAUUAUUUUCAUGACAGUUAAGCACAUUGUCCUCAUCACUACAGUAUUGUUAUAUAUAUAUAUAUAUAUAUAUAUAUAUAUAUAUAUAUACACUACCGCUCAAUUUUGGAAUCAGUUAGAUUUUUAAUGUAUUUUAAAUAAGUUUCUAAUGCUCAUCAAUGCUUCUAUUUGAUCAAAAAUACCGAAAAAAACAUAAAUAUUGUGAAAUAUUAUUACGAUGUAAAGCAACGUUCUUCUGUUUUAAUAUACAUUAAAAGUCUAAUUUAUUUCUGUGGUCAAAGCUGAAUUUUUCGGCAUCUUACUCCAGUCUUAAGUGUCACAUGAUCCUUCAGAAAUCAUUCUAAUAUACUGAUUUAUUAUCAGUGUUGAAAACAGUUGAGUUGCUUAAUAUUUUUUUGGAACCUGUGAGCCUUUUUUUUUUUUUUUUUUUUUUUUUUUUUUUUACAAUUCUUAGAUUAAUAAAAGGUUAAAAAAAAACAUUUAUUUAAAAUAGAAUCUUUUCUGUUCAAAAGCUUGGGGCUAGUACAUUUUUAUCCUUUCUUAAUAAGAAAUUAAUACUUUUAUUCACCAAGGAUGUGUUAAAUUAAUUAAAAGUGACAGCAUAGAUUUACAUUGUUAGAAAAGAUUUAUAUUUUGAAUACAUCCUGUUCUUUUUAACUUGUUAUUCCUAAAAAAAGACUCACAGGUUCCAAAAAAAUGUUUCCAACAUUGAAAUUCUAAAAUAUAAAUUCUAAUAAUAAAUCAGAAUAUUAGAAUGAUUUCUGAAGGAUCAUGUGACACUGAGUAACAGCUGAUGAAAAUUUAGCUUAUACAGGAAUAAAUUAUAUUUUAAGCAUAUUACAAUAAAAACUAUUAUUUUAUAUUGCAAUAACAUUUUUCAGCAUUAUUGUUUUUCCUGUAUUUUUGAUUAAAUAAAUGCAUUCUUGACAAGACUUCUUUAAAAAAAACAUUACAAGUCUUACAGAUCCCAACCUUUUGAGCGGUUGUGUAUAUAUAUAUAUAUAUAUAUAUAUAUAUAUAUAUAUAUAUAUAUAUUAUCUGUGGUUUAAAUGUGCUUAAUUGUCAUAAAUAUAUAUUGCAUUGUAUAAUGAUAUAUCGUCAUGCAUAUAAUGUCAUAAUGCAAUAAAUAAGUGUUUGCAAAAUAGGUUUCAUACAAAAUAUAAGAUGAGAUUCAUUACAGUACAACACAGUAUAUUAGUUUAAUAAAAUAAAUGAUUAUUGCCUAUAACUCACUUAUUGCACUCAAAAUAUCUGCUGUAUGUUGAUAUUUGUUAGCGGGAGGAGCGGACAAGCACAUUUUUCUUUGGGUUGGGUUAUGAAAAGAACAGAACGAUUAUUCCCAAUUAUAUUUGUCAUGGCCUGAGUAGUUAAUUAAACUCAUCCUCGUUAACAGGGUGACAUGAAGUGCCAUGAGCUUUGGUCUGAUUAUAAUCUUACCAUCUCUCAUAUCAACUUAAUUUCCAUAUGUGUAUAUAUUUACAGUCAUUUAUGAAAAAACUAUUUGCUUCUGAUUUGAAACCUGUCUAAAUAAUCCAGAUACGCUGUAAAAAACACAAUUUGUUGAGUCAACUUAAAAUUUUAAGUUCAGUCAACUCAAAUAAAUUGAAAUACUAAGUAAAAUCUUAGAUAUUUGAGUUGACUACACUGUAAAAAACAAUUUGUGGAGUCAACUUAAAAUAAUUUGUGGCUGCCUUAAAAUUUUAAGUUCAGUCAACUCAAAAACAGUUUAUUCAACUUGAAAUGUUAAAUUAUACUAAGUGACAACUUAGAUGUUUGAGUUCAAUCAACUUAAUAAACUUAUUUGAGUUGACUGAACUUAAAAUUUUAAGGCAGCAGGGUAACAAAUUAUUUUAAGCUGACUCAACAAGUUGUGUUUUUUAUUUUUUACAGUGACAGUUUGGUUUGUUAAACUUUGUUGAAUGAACUCAAAUAUUUAAGUUGUCACUUAGUACAACUUAACAUUUGAAGUUGACUAAACGUUUUUGUAAGUUGAAUCAACAAAUAGAUUUUUACAGUGUAUGAACUGCUUUGCUGUGACAGGAAAUUCAGCUUCCCGGUUGUUUUUGCUGGUUUAAUUGGAUAGGUUGGUUGUUUAUUUUCUGUAAGCUCCACACUGACAUUUGUAUAAAUAUGUUUAACCGUCUUUGAGUUAGUAAAUGUGACACUGGUGCUUCAUUUCAAGAGUCACACUUGUAAAAACUUCAGCGAUACUAUAUGCACUUUCACGUCGGCUACAGGUACAGAAAUGAUGACUAAAUGUUUCUCGCUUGUUAUUUUGGCCCCUGCUGUAAUUCAUAUGCGAACGCAUACUGAAAAUGAAGAGUUUGUGUGCUUAUCAAGGGUAAAUGAUUGUCUGAUAUUUUGCUGUAUAUUUAUUUAACACAAAUCUGAACAAGACUUUCUGUAGCAUUGUAAGAGGACACUCCACGAUCACUUUUAGUUUUUGUAAUUAUUUGCUUUGCCAUCUAUGCAGUUGUAUGGAUAUGUAUUCAUCAUCAUAUAUACUCACAGAUUACGAUGUCAAACUGUAACUCACAGUCAUGCAUUUAAUGGUUUUUCCCAUUAAAAUGUGUGUAAGCUA